UCUCGCCUGCUGAUGUUGUAUGCGAUCUCGAACACAAAAUUUAAAAAAUGACUGGCUUCAGCCGCGAAUGGUUCGAUUUUUUAUACUCUUUAACUUCUACCCAUGUGGAUUUUUUUUUAAUUUUCCACGCAACCGCUGGAUGUAUACACACAUGUGCAACAAGACUGGCUGCUGCUUUCUAAGAUUCACCUGCACCGUGAGGAAAUACUGAAUUCACUCCGGAUUCUCAGGGAACGCUAUAGAGGAUUUCUUUAGCAGUUUUCUCAGUCAUGAAGAAGACCUACUUUUACGCGGAUGUCUUUUUCUUUGCACGGGAAAAAGGGAACCAAACCUCCAAAAGGCUGUUUAAUUGCUUUUAAACACACCACCACGACGAGAGGGCGGAUUACAGUAUCUAGUGGAGACUGCUGAUUUCACCCUGUGGAUAGAGUGAAGUUCCACUAGGCAAGGCGACUAUCUGUAAUCUGUCCAGCCUUCUUGUUGGGGUUCCUGCCUUCACACUUAGUGGAUAUCAGUCUUUUUCAAAGCGCUCAUUUCCUUACGCGAUGAUGGUGAUAAUGAAGCCCUGGGACAGAUCCGGAGAGGAUACAGAGAGACUAAGGAUGACAUCCACACAGUCGUUUUGAAUGUGGAUGUCAAUGUCGCGGCAAAGGAUGGGCCUUCUCCUCUUGGCUGCCUUCGUCCCCCUGCUGGCCCUGAGCACCGGGUCUCCGGCCACGGUGGGUAAUCCCGAGGAUUACGCCGCAGACGAGGCGGAGCGAACCGUCGGUGAGAACAUUGUGUUUGAUGACUACCGGGGCAAAGGCUGCGUGGAUGACAGCGGCUUCGUCUACAAACUCGGGGAACGUUUCUAUCCGGGACACUCGAACUGCCCAUGCGUGUGCACAGAGGACGGGCCUGUGUGUGACCAGCAGUGCCCGAAACUGCAUCCAAAGUGCACCAAAGUGGAACACAAUGGAUGCUGCCCUGAGUGCAAAGAGGUGAAAAACUUUUGCGAGUACCGAGGGAAAACGUAUAAAAUUCUGGAAGAAUUCAAGCCGUCACCCUGUGAGUGGUGCCGCUGCGAACCAAAUAAUGAAGUGCACUGUGUGGUGUCCGAUUGCGCCGUCCCAGAGUGUGUCAACCCUGUGUACGAGCCAGAGCAAUGCUGCCCCAUCUGUAAAAACGGUCCAAAUUGCUUUGCUGGAACAACGAUCAUCCCAGCCGGAAUUGAAGUAAAGGUGGACGACUGCACCAUCUGCCGCUGCCACAAUGGAGACUGGUGGAAGCCGGCGCAGUGCUUGCGGCGAGAGUGCCUCAAUGGCCAGUCGUUGUCAUAGACAGACUCCUAUGGGGAUGGUAGAAAAGCUCAGGCAAGGCUCUGCCUACUGCGCCAUUUUGUAUGAUUGACAGGGUAGGAGCACAAUUCCUAUAAAACCUGAGACAGCAUACAGUAGGAUCGAAGAGGUGAUCUCACAAGCUUCACAUAAAUGUAGCCAGUGAGAAGAAGAUGGAACUCGUCUCAGCUGUUUCCACACUCCAGUUUUAAUCGUCCUAUGUAUUUUCAGAAGUUGACUGGCUUGACUUGCUGCUCUCACACAAAAAGUUUCUAAGCUCCCUGAACUCUUUCCUAAACACUGGCAAUGUUGAAUUGCUCAAAUUGUUUUCUGUAUGUAUGUCAUCAAGCUUGUUGUGCGUGUCAGUCACAAUCACACAGAUGUUCCAGCAGGACAAACAAACCGUAAGCACACUUAACAGCGCUUCUUUUUGGCAUACAAGGAUUAGCACUGAUGAAAACACAGCAAAGAUGUGCUCGAGCUUCACAACUUCACUCUAAGAGCUUGUUUACAAGAUGUACAUCACACAGAGAUUUUUGCCUCUUCAUGAGACUUUUGCUGCGGCAAGCACUCACCCAUAACAUACAUGAUGCAGCUGUCAUAUUUCAUCACAUUUCAACCACUUUGGCACCUUA